AUGAUAAACGUGGUCCAAAAAGAUCUGCUCCUGGCGUACAAAGAAGAAGAAUCCCACUGGAGACAGAAGAGGCGCGACAAAUGGUUAGUUUUUGGAGACAAAAGCUCCAAGUUUUUUCACGGUUCAGUCAAAACCAGAAGAUCCAAGAAUUACAUUUCAAAACUCAAGGAUAAACACAAUCAGGAGCAGCGAUCUGAAGGAGCAAAGGCAGAAGUAGCAAUAGAAUAUUUCUCGGAAUUAUUCAAAACCUCCAACCCGAGAUCCUAUGAUCCAGCAUUUGAAAGCUUUCCCCCCAAAGUCACAACUUCUAUGAAUAGACUUUUAACCAAAAGUGUAUCCAAAGAGGAAGUGAAGGAGGCCAUCUUCUCCAUCAAAGGAGACAGUGCUCCGGGACCGGACGGCAUGACGGGGACUUUCUUUCAAAAGUAUUGGGACAUCAUCGGAACUCAAAUCACAAGAGAAAUUCAGGAAGUUUUCGAGUCAGGUAUCAUGCCUAAAGACUGGAAUUUCACAUAUCUCUGCUUGCUACCAAAGAUUUCGAACCCGGAGAACAUGUCAGACAUCAGACCGAUCAGCCUUUGCUCAGUCCUUUACAAGACGGUGUCCAAGAUUUUGGUUAAAAGAGUGCAACCUUUCCUCAAGUCUCUGGUCUCUAUUAACCAAUCAGCCUUUGUGAGUGAACGAAAUAUCUUCGACAACAUCAUCAUAGCUCACGAGGCUGUACAUGCCUUGAAAGUGCACCCCACCAUAUCCAACGACUCCAUGGCUGUGAAGACCGAUAUGUCGAAGGCUUUCGAUCGCGUCGAAUGGAAUUACCUUCAAAGCUUAAUGAAAGCACUCGGGUUUGAUCAGAAAUGGAUCAAGAUGAUCAUGAUGUGCAUCACUUCUGUCACCUUCGCGGUUCUCGUGAACGAUCACCCCUUUGGCCUGAUCAAACCACAAAGGGGUCUCAGACAGGGAGACCCCCUAUCACUGUUCCUCUUUGUUCUUUGUACGGAGGGUCUGACACACUUGCUAAACGUGGUGGAAAGGAAUGAUUUGUUUAAGGGGUUGCAAUUUUCUCGACAAGGGCCUGCUAUCCACCACCUGUUGUUCGCGGACGACAGCCUCUUCUUGUGCAAGGCUUCUCAGGAACAAGCAUUGGCCCUUCAGAGAAUUUUGAAGUUCUACGGUGAUGCCACAGGACAAAACAUAAACGUUCAAAAGUCUUCCAUUUCCUUUGGAGAUAAUGUACCAGAAACAGAGAAAUUGGCGAUUCAAAACACCUUGGGGAUCACCAAACAGGGCGGAGCAAGUAAGUAUUUAGGGUUGCCGGAGUGUUUCUCAGGCUCGAAAGUAGAUCUUCUAACCUACAUAAAAGAGCAAACACAAGGCAAACUAGAAGGAUGGUAUCUUCAACACCUAUCACAAGGAGGUAAGGAAGUCCUCUUGAAAUCAUCAGCAGGAGGAAUCCCAUUCUUCCCAAUGUCCUGUUUCCGUUUGCCAAAAACGAUCAUCAUGAAGCUCAACAGUAUGAUGGCUAACUUUUGGUGGGGAGCAGAUUCGCACAAAAGCAAGGUUCAUUGGGUCUCAUGGGAAAAAAUGUGUCUCCCCAAGCAGCUAGGCGGGAUGGGUUUCAAGGACUUAGAAUGCUUCAAUCAAGCAUUACUAGCGAAGCAAGCAUGGAAAAUCUUACACAAACCGCAAUGUUUACUAGCACGUGUCCUUAAAAGCAGAUACUUCACUGAUGGAGAGUUCCUAUCAGCGGCUCUGGGGGAGAGACCAUCAUACGUGUGGAGGAGCUUGCUGUUUGGAAGAGAUCUGUUGCAAAAAGGACUGCAGCACAGAGUGGGAAAUGGAGAGAACACGCGAGUUUGGCUUCACAAAUGGGUUGCUGAUCCAGUGGAGGGAAUGAGAGCUCCAUGGAUAAAAAACUUAUCCUUUGACGUCAACUUAAUGGCAAGCUCACUCAUUGAUCCGGUAACAAAAAGGUGGAAUGUACUGCAUCUAUCUGAGAUUUUCGUUCCGGGUGAUGUACAGCUCUUGUUGCAGAAUCAACCGGUAGCAGAUAGAGCAGACUUCUUCUCCUGGAAAUUCAAUAAAAGCGGUCUAUGUACGGUUAAGUCGGCAUAUUGGCUUGCUUCAAAAGAAAAAACAGAGAUUAUUUUACCCGAAAUCAACAUGAUGCCCUCGCUUAAUGUGUUGAAAGAAAGAACGUGGAAGCUACAAACGGUUCCAAAAAUAAAAGUCUUCAUCUGGAAAUCGAUUAGUGAUGCUCUCCCUACAGCUGACUUGAUCACCAAGAGAGGAAUGAAGAUUGACAAGAGAUGUCAAACCUGUGGAGCAGAAGUGGAAUCAAUAAAUCACUUGCUUUUUUAUUGUAGCUUUGCAAGGCUGGUCUGGGCCAACUCAAAUAUUCCUCACCCGCGAGGAGGUUAUGACCCAGACUCUGUAUAUGCAAACUUCAAUUCCUUGCUCGCCUUGAACGAUAACAGGAGGGUGGACGCAGUUCGGAAAAGAAAGUGGCCCUGGAUUUUAUGGCACCUCUGGAAAAGGAGGAAUGAAGUUAACUUCCAAGGGAGAUGCUUCAGUGCGACUGACCUAGUCCAAAAAGCAACGCAAGACGCGGAUGAGUGGUUUGCGGCUCAGACGGUAGAGGAAGAAUGGCAAAGAAAAGAAAAUCCAAUCAAGACAACCACCAAGAAAAAUUGGACUCCUCCAGAACAGGGUUGGAAUAAGUGCAAUAUUGGAGUUGAGUAUGAUAGAUCAAAUGGUCUUGUUGGAGGAGGAUGGGUUCUAAGAAACGAGAGAGGAGUAGUCUUAUGUCAUAGUAGAAGAGCAUUUUCUGGUUGCAGGAACAAGGAAGAAGCAAAGUUGACUGUGGUCUUGUGGGCUAUGGAAAGCAUGAGUAGCCAAAGACAGACAAGAGUAACCUUUGCAGGAGAUUUUAGUGAACUCUUUAGAGCAGCAAUGCGACCUGAAGCUUGGCCUUCCUUCCUAUUUCAAAGCGGGUGCAUUGGAAGGGAAUUAGAAGGGAUAGAAGAAUGGAAGUUGGAGGUGGUCACUAGAGAAGCCAAUAGAGGUGCAUAUUUCAUUGCUCAAAGUGUUACCAAGCUUGGAUUGGUAAAUUCGUACGUAGCCAGAGGACAUCCGGAUUGGCUAUUCGAACUCUUUGUUAAUGAAAGCAGAAACCUCUAA